AUGAAUAUCUCCAUCUACCACAAACUGCCAAGAUUGGUACAAUGGCAGAGAUGCUCUCCAUGUCUGACAUCCGUGGUUUCUUUAAGAAGCCACAAACCUCAGUACUGUCACCAUUCGGCAACUUUUGCACAAGGACGCCACCUGUGCUUCUCAAGAGUUGCAGCAUCUAAUGUAUCCCAGGACAACAUAGUCAGAAGUCCUCUGCCAAAUCUAGAUAUUCCAACAAAUGUGCCUUUUCACCAGUUUAUAUUUGAUAAGUGUGACCAGUUCAAGAACAAACUGGCUGUUGAGGAUUUUUUGACUGGAAAGCAGUACACAUAUGCCCAGUUGAAGGAGAAGUCAAUCAGGGUGGCUAGCGGCCUUCAUAGGCUGGGCUAUGGAAAGGGAGAUAUACUUCUGUCAAUUUCUCCCAACACCGUUGAUGUGACUGUUCUCAUGCUGGCCUGUGCUGCUAAUGGCAUGUGGUAUUCUUCUGCUAAUCCAACAUUUACAGCAGGAGAAUUAGCCAUGCAACUGAAUCACUGUGGAGCUGUGAUAUUGGUAGCAGCAUCUGGAUUAACAGCAACUGCCACUGAAGCACUGGCAAAUACUGAGUUUCCUAACCAAGUUAAGGAUCUGUUUGUCUUUGGGGAAGCUCCUGGCUUUCAACCGUUUCAGAAGUUAUUGGAUGAUGAUGGCUCAUUAUUUCCUGAAGUGAAGAUCAACCCACUGGAGGAUGUGUACAUUCUCCCUUACUCCAGUGGAACCACAGGACUUCCCAAAGGUGUCAUGCUCACCCACUACAACUGUCUGGCGGACUGUAUGCAAAUUAUAAAUAGCGCACCAGUGACCCCAGAAGAUCGCUGUUUAGGUCUGCUACCACUGUAUCACAUUUAUGGCAUGAUUGUAGUCCAGUUCACAGUUCUCCUGGGUGGGGCUACAAUCUCAUAUCUGCCCAAAUUUGAGCCAGAGAUAUUUCUCAGAUGUUUACAGGAGAGAAAAAUAACAUUUGCUCACUUGGUACCUCCAAUAAUUGUGUUUCUGGCAAAACAUCCACUUGUGUCCAAAUAUGAUCUGACAUCACUGAGGAAAGUCAUUUGUGGUGCGGCACCACUGGGUGUUGAAAUCUCAAAUGAAUUUCUACAAAGAUUCAGCAAUCGUGUGAAGCUCAACCAAGGUUAUGGAUUAACCGAGACAAGUCCUGUUGUAAAUAUUGACUUCACUUCCACACUUGGCUCAAUUGGUCACUUGGUUUCGAACACGGAAGGGAAGAUAGUGGAUAUAGAGACAAACCGAGUACUCGGACCAGAAGAGAAAGGCGAGUACUGUGUGAGAGGUCCACAGGUUAUGAAAGGAUACUACAAAAAUCAGAAGGCGACUGAUGACAUGAUUGAACCAGAUCGAUGGCUACAUACAGGUGAUAUUGGCUACUACAACAAAGAUGGGAUCUUUUAUAUUGAGGAGAGACUAAAAGAACUGAUCAAAUAUAAGGGUUCUCAGGUUGCUCCAGCAGAACUUGAAGCAAUAUUGCUUGGUCACCCAAAUGUUCAGGAUGCAGCUGUAAUUGGGGUACCUGACCAAGCAGCUGGGGAAUUACCAAAAGCUUUUAUAGUUAAGAAGCCAGGAUCAAGUGUUACAGAGGAAGAAAUCAUAAAAUUUAUUGAAG